UACCCAAACACAUUGUCAAACGCCGCUUGAUAACGCUCAUCAAUUACAAUAUUAACGGAUGCUGGUGGGGGACAGUGACCGCUGAGCAUCUGCCUUCACACACCAUCCUUUUUUCAGCUGGAUGAUCUUAGAGGAGCGGGCUGUUGACAUGACAACAGACGAGGCGGAGAGCCACCAGAAGAAGCCAAGGCCUCAGGAGGAAGCUGGCCAGGACGCCAGGCCACCCUCACCAGAAGAGGAGCAGCUCCGGCCUCGCAACCGCAACUCUGCGAGCCGCGGCCUCUCCCGCCUCUUCUCCUCCUUCCUGAAGAGGCGCUCACAGUGUGAGAGCGAGGCGGGAGAGAAGGAGGACAAGCAAGUAGAAGAAGAAGCUAAAGCCCCCAUCGCUGACCCUGAACCAGAACUGAGGACAGAGGGAGAGGUCGCCCUGGAUCAGCACUCAGUAAACAGUGCUGAGGCUCAGACUGUCCAGGUAGAGAAGAAAGAAGCUAAGGCAGAGGAGGAGGAGGGUGGAAAGGACAAAGAAAACGGUAAGGAGAAGGGAGAGGAGGCUGCCCUGGAGAACGAGGAGGACAAAGAAAGGGAGGAGGAGAAGGAGUCUGAUCCUGAAGGAGGCAGUAAGGGAGAGAACGAGGAGAAGACAACAGAGGAGGAGGCCAAAGCUCCCAGAGCUCCACGCCGACCCAAGACCAUGCAGAUCAAAAUCACUCUGCUCGAUGACACUCUGUAUGAGUGUGAGCUGGAUAAACAUGCCACAGGCCAGGAGCUGUUCAUGAAGGUGUGUGACCAUCUCAACCUGCUGGAGAAAGACUACUAUGGCCUUGUCAUCUGGGACACGCCUACCAUGAGGACUUGGAUGGACCUGGCCAAGGAGAUCCGCAGGCAGGUACAAGGUGCCGACUACAAUUUCACUUUCAAUGUGAAAUUCUAUCCACCGGACCCAGCCCAACUUUCUGAAGACAUAACAAGGUACUACCUGUGUCUCCAGCUGCGGAAGGACAUCCUGCAGGGUCGCCUUCCAUGCUCCUUCGUGACGCUGGCCCUUCUGGGCUCCUACGCGCUGCAGUCAGAGCUGGGCGAGUAUGACCCUGAGGUGCAUGGCAGUGAAUAUGCAAAGGGAAUGAAAAUGGCUCAGGGUCAGACCAAGGAGCUUGAGGACAAAAUGAUGGAGCUCCACCAAACAUACAGGAUAAUGAGUCCAGCCCAGGCAGACCUGAUGUUCCUGGAGAAUGCCAAGAAAUUGUCUAUGUACGGAGUGGACCUCCACCAGGCCAAGGAUCUGGAUGGAGUUGACAUCAUGUUGGGGGUUUGCUCCAGUGGUCUGAUGGUUUACAAAGACAAACUGAGGAUCAACCGUUUCCCUUGGCCCAAAGUCCUCAAAGUCUCAUACAAACGUAGCAGCUUCUUCAUCAAAAUAAGACCAUCAGAGGUGGAACAGUAUGAAAGUGCAAUUGGUUUCAAACUGCCAAAUUACAAAGCAGCCAAGAAAAUGUGGAAAGUCUGUGUGGAGCAUCACACCUUCUUCAGGCUUACCUCCAGUGAGAUGGUCACCACCCCUAGGAAGUUCCUGGCACUGGGCUCCAAGUUUCGCUACAGUGGUCGGACUCAAGCUCAGACCAGACAGGCAAGCUCUCUGAUUGAUAGACCAGCUCCUCUUUUCCAGCGUUCGUCCAGCAAGAGGAACUCGCGCAGCCUGGAUGGAGCCAUGGCGUCCACUCCCGACAACAAAUCCACUCGCCCGGUCAGCGCCCCUGUUAUGUCACCGGUGUCCCCGGGGGAGGCAUCCCCAUCUCCGCUGCUGCCCACCCUACAUCGCUCUGUCCGCCACGAUGGCUACGCUCCCAAAAGUCACCGCUCUGCAGACAGGAAGGCAGAGAUGAAGAGGGAAAGUCAGUCAGCUGAGUAUACCAGGAGCCACAGCCCCAGACCAGAGUCCACUCCGGAGAUCAAGACAGUGGCCAGGAGAGAGCGGAGGCACUCCCCCACUGUGACCACCGCCAAUGGAGAGAGAGAGAAAAAGAGCCAGCACUCUCCUCAGGACAAAACAAAGGCGGAGGUGGUGCGAGUGAGGAAGAAAAGAGCAAAGAAACUUGAGGGUGAAACUAUUUAUAUCAGACAUAGCAAUUUAAUGUUGGAGGACGUGGAUAAGACCCAGACUGGAAUCAUGCGUCAUCACACUAGCAUCAGUGAGCUGAAGAGGAGUUUCAUGGAGUCAGUGCCGGAGCCUCGUCCCAGUGAGUGGGACAAGCGUCUUUCCACCAACUCACCUUUCCGCACGGCGAGCAUCAAUGGCCAGCUCCUACCAGCGUCUCCUGUGCUAAAGACCCAGACAAUCACCAUCUCAGAUGUCACCAACUCCCUGAGAGGAACAGUGACCUACAAGGACGUCCCCUUAGUUCACACUGAGACCAAGACCAUUACAUAUGAGUCAGCACAGGUGUCUCUCCCACAGCCGGUGGACAGCCUGGCAGAGAGGGACUCAGGGGUACUGCUGAGUGCUCAAACCAUCACCUCCGAGACCAUCAGCACCACCACCACCACCCAAAUCACCAAGACGUUGAAAGGAGGGAUGUCUGAAACUCGCAUUGAGAAGAGAAUCGUCAUCACUGGAGACACUGAAAUUGAUCAUGACAAGGCUUUGGCUCAGGCCAUUAAAGAGGCAAAAGAGCAGCACCCAGAUAUGUCCGUUACCAAAGUGGUUGUGCACCAGGAAACAGAAAUCACCCCAGAGUAACAUAGGCUGAUCCUUUUGAAGACCCCUCAGCUGCCCCCACUUCUCCCUCCUUUUGUGUGUCGCCAUCACACCAUUUUAACUCAGCACCCCCCAGCCAUUACAACCAAAUGCACUGCCUUUACAACGUGAAUCCCAAGACCACAGGAGAGAGAACGAACAUCAACAUUGAACUAUGAACUUUCCCAUGAGCAUGGAGUUCAGCCUGAAGGAUACAGUCACCAGAACAUUCCCAAGAACCCCCCUGUAUACCCCACAAUCCCUCUCUUGUUCCAGUUACUGCCAAAAGAACAACCACUGGACUCAAAAAAGAGGGAAAUUUAAGAGAAAAAAGAAGGAAAAUAAAGUACAUCAUGAGUGGAAAUUUCUCUGGGUUUAAAGACAAUUUUUCAAGGGUAUUUGGUGUUUUAAUCUUGAGAUUACUGGUACUUUAUUUUACUACAGUUUUUCUUACCAUCAGAAUUGGUUAUCAAUAACUUGGAAAUUAAGCGUUUUUUAACAAUGUAAUCAAAAAAGCAUCAACUGCGGGAUUGUGGGUGAUUUUUCUUGGGAUUGUAUACAAUGGGAGAUGAGGAUCCCUCUCAAAUUUUAGCACGGGUUUGGUGUCAUUUCUUGUACAGUAAAUAUGUAUUUUCCCUCUCAAUGUGAAAAUAAUAUUUUUUCAAUUCAUGUAUAAAAAAAAGAUUGAUUUUACCAAACCGGGGGGCUAGUACUUCUUCACCUUAUUUUAAAAUUAUGACCUGUUGAUUUGUUUUUAAAUCUUUGAUUGUUUUAGUUGUUCUUGUUGUUAUUGUUGUUGUGCUUGUGUCACUAGAACAGGGCUUUAUCAGGACCAAGGAGACAGCAGUGUAAUGAAAUUACCUUUUCUUUAUUUAUACCCAACCCUAUCGUAUUUUUGUGUGUUUCGCAUUUUGAGAUAUACUCAGCACACUUGUAAGUAACCUCAAGAUUUUUUACUGAGAACAUUUCAGUCAUCCAAUACAGUUAAUUACAUUCUACUAAUUGAUUUUAGCAUUUACAGUGGUUAUGCAUAUUUUUCCAUUUCUACUCCUCCACUAUAUGGGCAGUGUGCACUCAUCCAGGGAGAGGGAAGUCAAAUGGCAAUUUCACAAGUAUUGCAUUUAUGUCAAUAAACACAGAAAGAACAGUUUAUCAAGAAUAUCUAGACAUUUUAUACAAUCUAUAAUCAUGUAAAAUGAGAUGAUUUUAUACUGCUUUUAAAUAAAUAACAUAAUAGUCAAAAUAAAUACAAAUAUUGAAUGAAAGGUUAGAAUAAAAUUGGCUAGUUUUGUUUUUUGUUUUGUUUGAAUGUGUGAAGCUGCUGCAAGUUUCUGUUUCAACAUUGAUUGACUUAAAUUACAUUAUUCUGUUUUUGCUCGGAAAAUGUAUUAUCAAAUGUCUUUUUUAAAUUGAAUAUUCCCAUUACAUAAACUCAGGAAUUAGCUCUGAGCUGAAAUUCUUACAAUCAUACCAAGUGUCUGUGACACAGAGUAUGGAUGUCGUUAGUUACUGCUAGCUGCUAUUUAUUUGUUAGCCAUCAAAUUUAGCUGUGAACGAGUGAAACAAAGUAAGUAUAAUCAAGGUUUGCAGGUCAUACAGUCAACAUGAUGUCUGUACAAUGUAAAUCUUGGUGCACAAAAAAGUCAAGCAAAUGAUUUUAAACCAAAUAAGACAUAUGUCAUAUAGCUUAGGAUCUGCAUAAAAUGUUAAUGUCCUGUGGAGUGGGAGAGAUGAUUUUCAUUUAUGGUAAAUAGAAGAAGACCCUGAGUAGUUCCUUGUGGGACGCCAGUAUUAACUUUAAGUGCAGCUUAGUGAACUGCUGAGUUAUUCCUGAGAUGAUUAGUUAGUAUUUAACUGAAAAUUAGUUUUCAGUUAAAUACUAGUCAACAGUUUAUAAUGCCCUCAAUUUAUUUCAUAAAUUCUCCUUUAAAUAGGCUUUGAUCAUCUUUCAAACUAUUACUGUAAUCUGAAUAGUCUAAGAAUUGGCAUACUGCUUGUGUUAUUAUUAUAGUGUACCAAGACAAGAGGAGCAAAAUAAGCCCCUGCUCAGUAGACACUGCCCAUUUAGAUCAUAUUUAUUAUAGCACAUGCAAUUUACAUUUUAUUUAUUUUAUUUAACUUCAUGCCUCUUUAGAACACAAUAUUUUGUACAGUCAUCCCAAAAUGUUACUUAUUUUAUUGUGAUGUCAUCUUAUUUGUGGCACUCCCCUUUCUCAUCGGAAAUAAGCAAGCCAUCAUUUCUACGUUUCUUGAAUGUGAACCCUCAUUUUACCAUCACAGGAAGUCAUCUAGUAAAAGAGCAGCACACAUCACAAUAAAA